AUGGCGCAGCGAACGGGACCAGGAUCCAAGACCCUGGCAUCGGCCAUCAUUGAUGUCCACCAGCCGAUGGGAAGCAUGAGUUUGAGUCCUUCGAACCAAGAAGUCGUCCUUGGCUCCAAAUCUGGGCUGUAUGUACUGGACCUCGAUCACUUGUAUACACCGCCUCGGUUCUUUGCCUACAGUACGCCGUGGGAAGUCGCCGAUAUCCAAUGGAACCCACAUGCCUCGCGAUCGAAUUGGGUGGCAAGUACGUCGAACCAAAAGCUCGUGAUUUGGAAUUUGGACCGGCCUGUACGACAAGAGACAUCCAAGCCGCCAUCCUCUCAUCUACGCUCUGCCAUGCUGGAGGAAGUAGAGCGGUCGUACAUGACGCCCAUGCUUCAAGACAUCCAAUUCAACGCAUGGCAGGGUGCAGCACGUUCAUUCACGGGUACACAGAGCGAGUCUUCACAGGCCGUCGAGCGCCUCCUGGAUGCCCAUUCACGCGCGAUUACGGACUUGAAUUGGUCGCCGAUGCACCCGGAUGUGAUUGCUAGUUGCAGCGUCGAUACGUGGAUCCGCGUUUGGGAUCUGCGCAUGUCCCGACAUAUCACGCGUCCAGCACAGUCGCUUUGCUCGUGGAAUGCGAGUAUGACUCAGGUGAAAUGGAACCGGCGCACGCCCCAUCGCAUUGCGACGUCGUGUGACAACAAAAUCCUGAUUUGGGACGACCGAUUUGGUGCAGUGCCUCUCGGUACGAUUGAGGCUCAUCACAGCAAAGUAUACGGCAUCGACUGGAGUCCGGCAGCUCGUGCCGGGAGUGAUCGCCUCAUGACUUGCUCCCUGGACGGCACCAUCAAGUUUUGGGACCUCGACUCUCCAUCUUCUCGCAAGGCACUUGUGCAGCAUUCACGGAUCACCGAGCCCGAAUUUACGAUUGAAACUCCUCAGCCCGUGUGGCGAGCGCGCCACCUACCAUCUGGCCACGGCGCUCUUUCCAUCUCUCAACGAGGCGAUACCGGGGCAUGUAUGUGGUCAUAUGGAAAGAAAGAGCCUCAGCGGCGAUUCGAGGGCCAUACGGACCACAUUAAAGAGUUUGUGGUUCGCUCAAGCAGCGACUCAUGGCAGCUCAUUACAUGGAGUCAUGAUCAGACGCUGCGUAUAUGGCCAAUGUGCUCGUCGGAGCCAGCGACAGAGCAGGCAGCAGCGCCGCCGCCGCCGCCGACUGAUUUGCCUGAUGCCUUGUGCGGAUCCCAGUCUGACUCCACGGAUUAUGAUCAAGAUACUAUGCGGUCCAUGACUCUUUCGCGUAGCUCCCUGAAGAAGCGAGCCGCCAGGACGCGCCGCAUUCGCCGCGCUGAGUGUGCGAGCGAGCUCGGCGAUGUCGAAGCGUCUCACCUACCUACAUCCGUACACAGCCUUCCAAAUGUGUGCGGACCACCGGAUCUAGAUGCUGUGCACUGGAUGGCACAUGUCCGCGUUGGUGGUGAUGUCCACGAUACCGACGACGAUCAUCUUAAUACACGCAAGCCGCGUGACAUGGACCCGAGUGUACUUCCUCAGGAAAUCUUGCGUGUGAAUGCCCAGUACCCCAAUAUUCUUGAAUCGAUCGACAUCGCACACCGACGCUGCACGAUCGCUGUCAGCGGGCCAUGGCACCAGGCAGGCAGUGGUGCGCUAGCAUACCUGCGUGUCAUGUUCACGUUUCCCCUGGCCUACCCGCUCGAGCCACCGGCUCUUGAAAUGGAGCGCAGUACCAGUAUCCCGUUCGCGACGCGAGCAGCUUUAUACCGUGCGCUCGUGGACUUGAUCGAGGAGCGUGCCGCCGAGCAUGCGCUGUGCCUCGAGUCGUGCGUUGCCUACCUCAAGCAUGGCCAGGAAGCCAGCGAUGACCAUCUCGCGUCUACGCGCCAGACAGCACCCGUGCUGGACAGCGAUGCUCACGCAGGCGACUCCUUCAUGCAUUCCUACCAUGUGGUGUCGGACGCUGUCAUGCAGCUCGCGCUGCGCUCGACUGAUCUGAUGGACUCGUCUUUGGGCGAUCUCGACAUUGUGCGCCUUAUGAGCACCAAUGUCUUCGGCCAGAUGCGAGAGAAUACGAAUUGA